CUCUCUCUCUCUCUCUCUACUCUCCGAUCGAAGAGUUCGCGUCGUUCGCUUCGCUCUACGCUUCUCUUCGUCCUCACGACGAGGGGGACAUGGCGUCGGAGACUGCAACUCCUGCUCCUGGACCAAGUUUAAAAUUGAUUACCAAUGCAUUUAUUCAGCAGUACUAUAAUGUUCUUCACCAGUCACCUGGUGAAAUUUAUAGGUUUUAUGAGGAUAGUAGCCAUCUAAGUCGCCCAGAUUCUGAUGGAACCAUGACUUUGACGACCACAUUACAAGCUAUCAAUGAAAAGAUUCUGUCAAUGAGCGUAAAUGACUAUCAAAUCGAGAUAGAGACUGCUGAUUCACAAUUUUCAUACUACAAUGGGGUCUUGAUUUUAGUAACUGGAUUGUUAAUUGGGAAGAUCGAUAAUAAGCAGCUAAAGUUUACCCAGUCAUUCUUUCUUGCCCCUCGGGAAAAUGCUAGCUAUUUCAUUCUUAAUGAUGUGCUUAGAUUUUCCAGUGAAAAGAAAGCAAGUGAAAGUGAUCAAUUAGUUGUGAACAACACAAAUGGUGAUUCCUCAAAAGCUCUUUUGACUUCUGGCACAGAAGGAGAUGUUGACAAUGGCGAGGAGGCUAUUACUCCAUCAGAGAGUGGCAUUUCUGGAUUCGAAGAUGAGACCGCCCGAGAUUUGCCACUCAAUGUGAGUGUCAAUGUGAGUGAAGUUAUUAAUCCAUCAGAGAGUGGCAUUUCAGGAGUCGAAGGUGAGACCGCCCUAGAUCUGCCACUCAAUACGAGUGUCAAUGUGAGCGAAGAAGCUAAGCAAGAGUCACCACUCUAUGUGAGCAAAGAAGAGAAGCAAGAGUCACCACUCUAUGUGAGUGAAGAAGAGAAGCAAGAGUCACCACUCAAUGUGAGCGAAGAAGAGAAGCAAGAAUCACCACUCAAUGUGAAUGAAGAGGAGAAGCAAGACUCAUCUAUCAAUGUGAGUCAAGUGGAGAAGGAAGACUUGCCUGUCAUUGUGAGUGAAGGGGAGAAGCAAGACUCACUUAUCAAUGUGAGUCAGGAGGAGGAGAAAGACUCAUCUAUCAAUGUGAGUCAAGUGGGGAAGGCAGACUUGCCUAUUAAUGUGAGUGAAGGGGAGAAGCAUGACUCACUUAUCAAUGUGAGUCAGGAGGAGAAGAAAGAAUCACUUGUCGAGGUGCUUCAAGAAGAGACGCAACAAAUUUCCGAGGCUGUUGCUCCUCCUCAAGAGAACGCACCUAAGAAGUCUUACGCUGAAAUUGUUAAAGCUAUGAGAGGGAGCCCAUUAUCAAGUCCACUCCCUGUGACUAGUACUAAGGCCAAUAUUAAAGCCAAUACAGCAGCUGCAAUAACAGACAAAGCAUUGACCAUGCCCGAAAAACCUGCCCCUGCCCCAGCCCCAGCCCCAGCCCCAGCCCCAGCCCCAGUUACUACAAAGCUUAGUGGGAACAGUGUUUCUGAAAACAACAACUCUCAUGAUGUGGUGGGUCAUUCAGUUUAUGUUGGGAAUUUACCUUUGGAUGCUACUGUUGAACAACUUGAGGAACAGUUUAAGAAAUUUGGGCCUAUCAGGCACGGUGGUGUCCAAAUUAGAAGCAAUAAGAUUGAGCGCUUCUGUUUUGGCUUUGUGGAAUUUGUAGCACUGGAAUCCAUGCAAGCAGCAGUCAAGGCAUCGCCCAUGAAUUUCGGUGGGCGGCGAGCAUUCAUUGAGGAGAAAAGAACCACGAGACGAGCUUAUGUUGAGGGUGCGCAUAAUGGGAACGGCAAUGCCAGGAGGGGAGGGCGAUUCCAAUCAGGAAGAGACGGUCUCGGCGGUGACAGUUUCAGGGGCAGAGAAAGCUACGGGCGCAAUAUGGGCAACAAGCGGAGUGAAUUCAGGAAUCGAGCUGAAUACUCAGGUCGGGGUCGCACGCCCCCAGCACGUGCCGCCAACGGUAAUCAUCCGCAGACUUCCCAGAAUGGGGAUGUCGGGUCCGCCCGUCCCAGCAGCCCAAGUCAAAAUGCAGUUUCUUCAUAGAUACAUAAAACAAUGCUCAGAUUUUUUUUAAAAAAAAUUUUCUCCUUCCUCUUAGUUUUUCAUGUUGGAGAAUUGUUUCUAGUUACAGAAGCAUUUUUUUGGGAAGAAUCAUUCGUCGGCUAGGUCUUAGCUACUGUGAUAGGAGUUCUAAUUUUCGUCGAUCGACAACAAAUCAUAUACACAUUUUUUUUUUUUCAUAUUCCGGCUGCAAGUGUAUAUUUAUUGAAAAUUCAGACCUGGAUACCUUUUUCUUUUACAUGUUAGAUUCCUGCCAUAUUAAGCAGAAAUUGCAAUUUUC